UCCAAGCGGCGCAGGCGCUCGUCGCGCCGACCUUGCCCGCUGCGCCGCCCAGUUUACUUCUAGUAGUGCCCGGCGACAGGGGCGGCACUACGCGGGCGGCGACAGCGGCGGAGGGUUCGGAUCAGGCGAAAUGAGCGCGCUACCAGCUCCACCCACACAGACCAUGUCUAGUGUGGUCUGCUGUAUCGACGACCUGGAACGGUCGGCGCUGGCCCGGCUCGACAAAAACACCAAUGGAUACUACAACGCCGGAGCGGACGCCGAGCAGACGCUCAAAGAGAACGUGACCGCCUACCAGCGAUACCGUCUCCGACCACGUGCUCUGGUGGACAUCUCACACGUUGACCUGACCCAGACCAUCCUGGGUCACCGGGUCAGCAUACCCAUCGGCGUCGCACCGUCGGCCAUGCAAAAACUGGCUCACCCAGACGGAGAGUGCGCGAAUGCCAGAGCGGCGGAGGCGAUGGGGACCAUCUACACACUGAGCACCAUAUCAACCAGCAGCAUCGAGGAAGUGGCAGCCGCCGCGCCCAAAGCCGUCAAAUGGUUCCAGCUCUACGUGCUGAAAAACCGUGACAUGACGCAGCGGAUGGUGGAGAGGGCCGAGAGGGCCGGCUUCUCCGCCCUGGUGCUGACUGUGGACGCUCAGAUGUUCGGUAAACGGCUGGCCGACGUAAGGAACGGCUUCAAACUGCCGCCGCACCUCAGCCUGGCCAAUUUCGACGAGGAAUACAAGAAGAACGUCAAGGGCAGCGUCGAGCAGUCGUCGGGCAUCAGCCACUUCGUGACCAGUCAGUUCGACCCGUCUCUGUGCUGGACCGACCUGGCGUGGCUGCGCAGCAUCACCAAACUACCCGUGCUCGUCAAGGGCAUCAUGACCCCCGAGGACGCGCUGCUGGCGGCUGAACACGGCGCCGGGGGCGUCAUCGUCUCCAACCACGGCGGCCGGCAGCUGGACGGCUGUCUGGCAGCCGUGGACGCCCUGCGGCCCGUGGUCGCCGCGCUCGCCGGACGCCUGCCCGUGUUCAUGGACGGCGGCGUGCGCCGCGGCACGGACGUCAUCAAGGCGCUGGCGCUGGGCGCUCAGAUGGUGUUCGUGGGACGGCCGAUGCUCUGGGGUCUGGCGUACGACGGCCAGCGCGGAGCGCAGCUAGCGCUGACGCUGCUCAGAGACGAGCUGCGGCUCGCCAUGGGACUCUGCGGUGUGACCAAAGUGGAGGAUAUAACCGAUAAUAUCCUGGAGAAGUCUGACCGGUCAAACCUCUGAGGCAGAAACGCAUCACCGGGAAGGAAUGCUACAAACGCGCGUACAUGAAUUGCGCCGAUGUCGCCGUGUUUCGUUCCAAGCAGGGGUGCACAAAUAGAGGUAGAGGGUCUCGUCUGAGCAGUCAACUUAUAUUUGCAGUUUGCACAAAUAUAUCAGUUCAGAGCUAAGCGUGUGUGGGCGUGUGAUUAAAAAUGACUUUGGAGUUUGGUUCCGUUGUGACUAGGCAUGUGACAUUGUCAAUUGUGUACAGUAUUUUGGAUUUUAUAUAUGUAAAGCUAAUACAGAUACUGCGGUUGGGUGAACCUACGAACUAA